AUGGCCAAAAAGAAGAAGAAGGAGAGAGACUUCCAGAAGACUAAGCUUAGAGUCGGCCGAAGACUCAUUGGCGCCACAAAUGACACUAAAACUGAGUUCAAGUCCAAGAAAAUCAUUUUAAAGGAAAUGGAGUCACGAUCUAAAGACCCGAUUAAGACAUUGUCCAACAGUUAUGGUCUCAACACUCAGAUGAAGAUCUCUUGCCUGAGUGGUGUCAACAAUUGGAUCAAUUCAACCAAUGUUAUGGCAAAGAGUGGAGAAGUGGUGAACACUGUCUGCAAGUAUCUCAAUGAUUGCGACCAAAGAGACUUAGAGAUUUGCUUCAAAUUGGUGUCACUUAUGGCUAAAAGUGAACAAAACUCUUUGGCUUCGAAGCCAAAAGAUUCAGCGGUUAUGAAGUGGUCAACAGAUAACUGUUACUGCAAUCUGAAUGCAAUCUCUGCUAAGAAGCCAUCCUAUGAACUAAACCUCAGUUUCCAAACCAGUUCUUCAGUUGACGCGAAGGAAAAGUUCUAUAAAACACUCGAAGUUUUUCGGUAAAUGAGGCGCGAAAAGCCAUUUUUGUCUUAAAAAUUAGUUCAACCAUUGGUUUG